AAAAGUUAACUGGAACAGGAAAUACAAGGGGUGAGAAUGGGGGUGUGUGGGUUUGUGAAAGUAACGUGUGAGUGAUUUAGAGUGAUAAAUAAAGAGAGGGUGAGAGAGAAAGAGAGUGAGAGAGAGAGAAAGAGAGAUUGAGAGAGAGAGAGGGGAUUAUUCCAAACUUGACACACACACACACACACACACACACACACACACACACACACACACACACACACACACACACACACACACACACACACACACACACACACACACACACACACACACACACACACACAAUCAUAGGGACGGAUGGGUAUACAGUCGUUUUUGUCAAUGGCAUCUUUUGUUUCUUUCAUCUCUCUUGCAAACAAAGCAUUCCUGUGUUCACAGAGGAAAACGAGAAGAGAGAGAGAGAGAGAAAGGGAGAGAGAGAGUGAGAGAGAGAGAGAGGGAUGGAGAGAAAAUAAGGAAAACGCAUAAUUUCUAGCUUAGAGAGAGAAGAAAAACUUUUGAUGCAGCCAUUGAGUUGAGCACAACCAGGGACAGUGCGGUAGAGUAAGUUGAGGCGUCGACAUGGAGAUGGAAUAUAUAGUUCUGGAGAGAUGACAUCUGCCACACCCCCUUCCUCUCGUAGCUCCUCCCCUCAGAAAGUUUGCCACUCCCAGACGCAAACAGAUGUUCUGAAGCCCUUAUUAGGCAGCGGCGAGUCUGGAGGGGCCGGGAACUUGAGGCGGAGGAGGCGUGUGCUGUCCAAAGAUGGCCGAAGCAACGUGCGCAUCGAGCACAUCAGCGGCAGGAGCGCGCUCUACAUGCGCGACCUCUGGACCACCUUCCUGGACAUGCAGUGGCGCUACAAGUUCUUCCUGUUCACGGCCACUUUCGCCGGGACCUGGUUCCUCUUCGGUCUGCUCUGGUAUCUGGUGGCCCUGGUCCACGGCGACCUGUUGGAGUUCGACCCCCCGUCCAACCACACGCCGUGUGUGAUGCAGAUGCAGACCCUCACCGGGGCCUUCCUCUUCUCCCUGGAGACGCAGACCACCAUCGGCUACGGCUUCCGCUGCAUCACCGAGGAGUGCCCCGCGGCCAUCCUCCUCCUCAUCAUCCAGCUGGUCAUCACCAUGGUGAUGGAGAUCUUCAUCACCGGCACCUUUCUGGCCAAGGUGGCGCGGCCGAAGAAGCGCGGCGAAACGGUGAAGUUUUCCCAGCAUGCUGUGGUGUCCACCAACGAGGGUCGCCCCUGCCUCAUGAUCAGGGUAGCCAACAUGCGCAAGAGUCUCCUGUUAGGAUGCCAGGUGACGGGUAAGCUGCUCCAGUCGUCGCUCACCAAGGAGGGGGAGACGGUGCGUCUGGACCAGAGGAACGUGCCGUUCCAGGUGGACACCUCCAGCGACAGCCCCUUCCUCAUCCUCCCGCUCACCUUCUACCACACCAUCGACGACAGCAGCCCUUUGAGGGCCUGGGCGGCCAAGGGCGGCGGAUGGACCGACCCUGACCUGGCCGACUUCGAGCUGCUGGUCAUCCUGAGCGCCACGGUGGAGCCCACCUCGGCCACCUGCCAGGUGCGCACCUCCUACCUGCCCGACGAGAUCCUGUGGGGCUACGAGUUCCCGCCCGUCGUCUCCCUCUCCCCGUCGGGGAAGUACGUGGCCGACUUCGCCUUCUUCGACAAGGUGGCCAAAACCAAGACCACGCCCUUUUUCCAUUCGCCCUCCACAGACCCCAACCCGUCACCUCCUCCUCCACAACCCCCCCCCCAGCCGGGCUACCAGAGCGGCAGGGGGGGGUCCGUACCGGAGGGGACCGACCCGGACAAGAUCCGCCUGGAGCAGAGCUACCGGCAGGGGGCUCAGGAUCAGGGGAGGGUCCGGGACAGCGGCCCGCUCAGCGUGCGCAUCAGUAACGUCUGACGGGUGGGGGGGGUUAGGGU